AUGGGGGGGAAUGCAAAUGGGACUGAGAGUCAUCUCUGCCCUCAGUUUGCCGGUGCUAUUUAUGUCCCCAAACAGCUUGAUGACGAUGUGGCGUUGCCUUCUCUGCCCCUAAACAGCAGGCAGGUUAUGAAUGAGGAGCAAAUUUAAAGCCCUAUGUCCUUUUUUAUUUGUGUCCAGUAUAUGAACAGUGUAUUUUUCAAUUUUGUUUAAAAUGCAAUUUCCCUAUUCAGAAAUAAUAAUAGUGCAGUGCUUUGGGCGACCUUAUAAUGAUGAUUUAACAUGCAGUGUAAAUUUAUCAUUAAAAUAGGCCCUGGCUUUGAAGCCACAGCACAGACAAGGCGAAAAAGCCCUGACAGCUACUUAUUUGGUCAACCUUGUCAUCAAUUUAAGAGGUAUGCGUGGCUGAAAUUUAGAAAAGUAUUUUUAUUUUUAUAUGUUUUGUUUUUCUAUUUAAAAUUGAAAUCUGGCUGCAGGGGCAAGUUCUGUGUUUGCAGUUUGGGUGCUCAUGAUCUUUAGAGUUACCAAAAUAUAAAUGCUAACAUGUCAGUGAAUAUUCAAACCUGGAAUAAUCUAAUCUAGGUGUGAAAACGGUAGUAAAAUGGCAUCAUCUGCCAAUCCCAUGCUUGUUUGUUUGUUUUGGCCAUAAAGAAUAGACAAAUUUAAUUGUAAAGAUAAUUUAAUCUAGAGCCAUAGAUUAUAUAUCUCAUCCUCCUUGCAUAUAGAAAUGGUAAGACGUCACCAUUGCACCUAGAAAUAUAUCUUGUACACAAGUGUAAUUAGAGGUAAAGGUAUGGGAUUUAUAGACUAAAUAUAAUCAUCCCAAUUUUGCGAAGAAUUUAGCAAUUUACUGUCAAGUGAAUAAACCUGUUUCUUCUGUUUGGUUUGUACAGAGCUAAUGCUUUAUAAAAUAUGUGUGUGUGUAUAUGUACAUAUGUGUAUACAUAGGUAUCUGAUAUGUGUAUACAUGUAAAUAUAUAUAUACACAAUGUGUCCUACUAUGCUUACAGUAAUGUGCCAUUGUAUUUUUUUAAUUGUUCUUAUCAAAGAAUAUAUAAAGAAUUUAUUUUUGUCAUGGUAACGUUUUAAUAUAAUGAACAUUUAUUAAGGUGUGUGAUAAUGUUCUUUCUAAUUCAUGUAGUUACUUUGAUUGCUAGUGAUGAGACAGUAUGAUUGGUUUUGUAUCUACAUUUAUCAAAUCACAUUGCAAUAACAUUGGUUUUAUUUAAUAGUUUAUUCAGUAAUGUUGUGUCCCAUAAGAACAACAUGCAUUUUUUUUUUUUAACUUCUUAGAUAAUUCAAAAAUGGAUAUCUGUUCAUUUUAUUCUGUGGUAAAUGUUAAGGCCCAGAAGGCUGAUAUGGCAAAAAAGCCGCAACAAGAAAAAUGUCAGCCUGGUACGUUUUCAUCCUUUGAGGAGGGUGAAAUGUUUGAGAAGGAUCAGGAUGAUGUUGACUAUGACACUGCUGAAAUAAUAUCAGAUGAUGAACCUUCAUUCCAGAGUGAAGAGCCAAGCACCUCCUCACAAAGCAAUAUCCAACACAGUACUUAUGAAGAGGAUUUCAGUGAAGUUGAACCACCACAGAGUGCACAAUCAUCUGCUAGCACUGAAAAAACAACAAUACAGGGACCAGAUGAUAUCAGCCAGUGUGCUACUGAAGGGCCAAGACAGCCUGUAUUGAAAAAAUACCCACAGAAACAAAUGGGAGUACGCUUCAGGUCAUUCAGACCACAGUGGUUUCAGUCAUUUGAAUGGCUGGAGUAUUCUAUUUCCGAGGAUGCAGCGUACUGUUUCCCAUGCCGUUUUUUUUUAACUUCAAAAUUUUUCCACGGGCAUGUUAAAAAAGUACCAUUUAUCAACAUAGGGUACAAAAACUGGAAAAAUGCAAUUGUAACAGGUAAAGGAAUACUACAGCAUGAGAGGUCUGCUUCACACAAAGAUGCCUAUGUCAGAUGGGAGGAUUUCAAAAAGAGUGUUAGCCAGGAUACAUCAAUCAUGAAGAACCUAACUAAAGCACAUACAAGAGAGGUGAACGAAAAUAUACAUUACAUAAAAACAAUAGCACAAGUUUUGUUGCUAACAGCCAAGACCAAAAUUGCCCAGCGAGAACAUCGGUGCAACUCAGAUGUCAGUCAUGGAAAUGUACGUGAAAUUCUUUAUUUAAUUGCAGAAAAAGACAGCAUUGUCAUGAAAAAAAUUAGAGGACCAAGAAAUGCAAGAUAUCUACAUCCAUCUAUCCAAAAUGAACUUCUGUCAAUUAUGGCUGCUCUUGUUAGAGAAGACAUUGCACAGAGCAUUAAAGGAAGUCCAUUUUCCAUCAUUGCAGAUGAAACUAAGGAUCUGAGUAAAACAGAACAACUGUCUGUCGUAGUCCGAUUCUUUCACAAUCAGAUGGUCCAUGAACGGUUCUUAAUAUUCUACCGAGCAGAUAGCCUUGACGCCGAGUCUUUAACAGGAUAUAUAUUCCAUGUCCUAACAUCUCUAGGCAUUGAUAAAAAUUAUUGUGUUGGACAAGGCUAUGAUGGAGCCUCUGUAAUGAGUGGCCGUCUUAAUGGCGUUCAAGCACGCAUUAAAAAGGAGGUGCCUUGUGCACUAUACAUUCAUUGUAUGAGUCACAGUCUCAACCUGGUCAUCGUGGACACUGUAAAAAAUGUACAGGCAGCAAAUGAAUUUUUUGUGAAACUUGAAAAGAUGUAUGUGUUCUGCAGUACCUCUGUAGUUCAUUCAGUGUUUACUAAUGUGCAACAAGAAAUGUCAAGCAAAUCAGUGAUUCAGCUUAAGCAAUUAAGUGACACAAGGUGGACAUGCCAACAUGCAGCCUGCAAUGCUGUUCUGAAAACACUUGACCCUCUGUUGGAAACCCUCAAGAUUUUAGCUGAAGGAAACCAUACUGAGAGAGCAGUUGAGGCGAAAUCAAUUCACCAGUUCAUUGAUUUUGGCUUCAUUCUGGCACUGGUGUUUUUUGAGAACAUACUAAAAAGGACCCAGACGCUCUCUAACAUGUUACAAGCCAGAGAUCUUGACUUGGCAUCAGCUGUCCUUCUUGUACGAACAAUUAUACAAGAGCUUGAAGAAGUGUGCAAUCCAGAGAGUGAACCUGAAGCUUCUUCUAAUUCUGGAACAAUAGGACAUGUGUGGGCAGAAACAAUCCAGCUAAGCAUGAAGUGUGGAUUACCAGCACCAACUGACGAGUAUACCGAACCACCUUCCAAAAAGCGAGAUCGCCGGCCUCCUUUCCACUUGAGAAAUAGCAUCAUUUUGGAAACUGUAGGUCAUCGACAACAACUGCUCAGUAAAGAGGAUUUCAUUAAAAAGUUCAUGUAUGUUGUUCUUGACAGAAUAAUUUCUGAACUAAAAUCUCGCUUCUCAAGGGAUUCUCUGGAAAUCAUGGAAGGUGUACAGUCUCUGAAUCCUCGAUCUGAUUAUUUUCUUAAUUUUGAGAAAUUGCAACCAAUGGCCAAUUUCUACUCCUGCAACAUGGAAAACUUGGAGAUUGAGCUGAAGCAGGCAAUGCUAACCUUACAAAGAAAAAAGUCAUCAGAUGCCAUUAAGGUGGACACAGUUCUCGAGUUCACAAACUUUCUUGAGCCUUACUCUAUUCCAUUCCUUGAGCUCUAUCGGCUUUGUAAAAUAGCUUGUGUUUUGCCAGUCAGUAGUGCAUCAUGCGAAAGAAGCUUUUCUGCACUAAAAUUAAUCAAGUCAUUCCUACGCACAACAAUGACUGAGGAAAGGCUUUCAGAUCUUGCUACAUUGGCAAUUGAGGCCAGACUUGCAUCCCAAAUAAAUAUGGAUAUUGUUGUUAGCAGGUUUGCAUCAAUCCAUAAAAACUCACGCUUAAGCCUAUAUUAG